GCAGAGGUGAGUGAGGUUCCAGACGGUGGUUUGCCUCGCACUUCUCGCUCGCAAGCAGAGCAAAUCAAAAUGAGGGCGAUAUUCUUCCUGGCGUUGGCUGCACUGGCCGCCGCUGAGCCGAGUCAAAGCGAGGUUAACAUCGGGAACGAGCCGCAGGAUGGCGAUGUCCAUAACAGGGUCAAGAGAGAGCUCAUGGGAGACCCGGAUGGCUUCGGCCCCAAUAUCAACGUGGAUAUGGAGAUCAACGCUGGACCCAAUGCACGCGUAGACGUUGACGUUGACGUCAACAUUGAAUUACCGAAAGAUUUUAGCUCGAGGACCAGCUGUUGCAUUCAACGCGGAUCUUGCAAGAGGAAUGCGUCACGAAAGUCAGCGUGAGUUGUUUUAGACGCAGGAGGAGAAACCAGACAGACGCGCCCCAAGGCAACAGCGCAGUUACACGUGACCUUUACGGAAGGUGUUGUGUAUAACUAAGAAAAGUUACUUGCAGGUCGUCAUUGUGAUGAUAGAAAUUAAUUUACUUUUCAGUGGUAUUUAAUGUAAAAAUAAAGGUUUGAAAAA